UUCUUCACUCCGCACAUAUUCAUAGCCAUCAGCCACAUCUCCAUCGACGAUUACCGCUUGCCGGAAUGUCGCAUAAUGCCUACCUCCAUCUACGAAUUCCCACCAAACGUUACGGAUCGCUACUUCCAGUCCGUGAACGACUCUGGCCGGCUUCUUCAGAUGAUAUGGGACCGGGGAAUCCUGUCCGCCCUCUCCUUCUCCUUCACGAUGCGGGCGCGCUGGUACUGGCCGCGUAAUCCGGACCCCAACGUGGCCGCCAUUGGCAACUUCGGCCUGUUCAAUCCGUGCAGGGACGGAGGCGAGGUGCCGGACAUCAGCCCCGGCAAAGCUUGCAACGUGUCCUUCUGGGUUCGGAACAGCUCGAGGUACGACCCGACCUACUUCGUCAGAGUCGGAUACGACAAGAGCCUCGGACGUACGCUCGUGUUCGACCCGCUGACAGGCAUGCGGGUAAAGAUUUGCACGGCGAAGCGUAUCUUCUUGCGCGUAAACUUCACCGUGUCCGCGUACGACGUGGAGUACGACGUCUGGAGGUACACCCGCUUCAGGAACAGCCGGAAGUGCGACCACUUCAACGUCAACGCCACCAACGAGAGGACGCAGUUCCUCGAGAACAUUCGCGGAUUCCUCAACCGGAGUUACGUCACCGCCCCGGAUGUGCAGGACUGCAUUACACAUUGGUAGGGCGUCGCGUGGUCGACAA